GCUUUGGAUGUAAGUCAGAUGCUUACUGGGCGGCACAAAGUGGAGUCGAUUCUGGAACACGACAACUGGAGAUCUACAUCAGAAAAGCAACAUGUCGCACAGGGAUAAAUCACGUGUCCAAUGUGAAAUCAGCUCAAGAUGCUGUAAAGACAAAUCUCUUCUAAACUUACACAUGCUUGUUCAUACUGGUGAAAAGCCUUUCAGGUGUGGAAUGUGUUCAAAAGAUUUUUCAACCAAGAGCAACAUUAAAACGCACAUGAAGAUCCACAGUGGACAAGUCAAGUUCAAAUGUGUUGUGUGUUCCAAAGGUUUUUCCUCGAGCUUUUACUUACAACAACAUAUGAUGAUUCAUACUGGUGAAAAACCUUUCAAAUGUGAUGUGUGCGAAAAGUCUUUUAAAACCAAUACCUAUUUCAAACAACAUAUGUUGAUUCAUAACGGCGAAAACCAUUUCAAAUGUGAAGUGUGCAAACAAUGUUUUACAAGUAGCUACUAUUUGAAAAAGCAUAUGUUAAAUCAUACUGGUGGGAACCCUUUCAAAUGUGAAGUAUGUAAAAAAUGUUUUGCACAGAGUUCCAGCUUAAAACAACAUAUGUUGAUUCAUACUGGUCAGAGACCUUUCAAAUGUGAAGUGUGCACAAAAUCUUUCAUGUACCAUUCGCAUUUGAAAGACCAUAUGUUGGUUCAUACUGGAGAAGAGUCAAGUUUAAAAUGUGAAGUGUGCACAAAAUGUUUUAUACACAGGUUCAGCUUGAAACAGCAUAUGUUGACUCAUACUGGCAAGAAGUCUUUCAAAUGUGAAGUGUGCACAAAAUGUUUUACGCAAAAUUCCAGCUUGACGCAGCAUAUGUUGAUUCAUACUGGCGAGAAACUUUUCAAAUGUGAAGUGUGCAAAAAAUCAUUUAUUCACCAUUCCCAAUUGAAAAACCAUAAGUUGGUUCAUACUGGCGAGAAAGCUUUCAAAUGUGAAGUGUGCACAAAAUGUUUCACACAGAUUUCCGGCUUGAAACUGCAUAUGUUGAUUCAUACUGGUGAGAAACCUUUCAAAUGUGAAGUGUGCACAAAAUGUUUUACACACAGUUCCCGCUUCAAACAGCAUAUGUCCAUUCAUACUGGCGAGAAACCUUUCAAAUGUGAAGUGUGCACAAAAUGUUUUUUGCGUCAUUCCAACUUGAGUCAACAUAUGUUGAUUCAUACCGCCGAGAAACCUUUCAAAUGUGAAGUUUGCACAAAAUGUUUUACACAGAGUUCCAAGUUGAAACAACAUGUGUUGAUUCAUACUGGCGAGACAAGUUUCAAAUGUGAAGUGUGCACAAAAUGUUUUACACACCGGUUCAGCUUGAAACAGCAUAUGUCCAUACAUACUGGCGAGAAACCUUUCAAAUGUGAAGUGUGCACAAAAUAUUUUUUGCGUCGUUCCAACAUGACUCAACAUAUGUUGAUUCAUACCGGCAAGAAACCUUUUGAAAGCUGUUCAAAUGUGAAAUUUGCACAAAAUGUUUUACAAAAAGUUCCAGGUUGAAACAACAUGUGUUGAUUCAU